CCAAAAAAAUGUUGGGAAAAACGGCGUUGAGCACAUUAUGUGCAUCAAGACAGGCUCCGAUCACAUUGGCCGCCCGUGGAAUCGCCAAUAUUCCGGCUCACGAGUAUCACAUUCGAUUCGAUCAGAAAGUCGGACGGAAACGGCCGGCGCAAGAUGUUUUAGACAGAUUCAAACGUCUAAACAAUGGAAUGUGGAUUCACGCGCAUCCAGGACGUCAUAAGCUGAGAUAUAUGAAAGAUGAAACGUGGCAGAAGACUAGUCUUUAUUAUGAGACCUGUACCAAGGAACAGUGCGAAAUUCUCGACAAACUGAUGACUCCAUAUUGGCUCCGUCCAAAGCAUUAUCCAAAUGAUCCAUAUUCUGCCUAUAACGUCCGCCAUAACGUCACCUCACCACGUGUCGAUGAUCGUGGAAAUUUCGUUCGUGAGAGGAAGAAGGUGCUGAUGGAUGACUCGACGUCGAAACGUUUUUUUAAAGAUUGUUGAAAUUUUUUUGUUGGAUUUUUUUUUGUUUUUAGGAAUAUAAAAAUAGUUUAUUA